AAAAAUGUUUAAUGCAUGAUUCUUUCUCUAGAAAUAAUAAAUUCAACAAAGUUUUUUAAACUUUCGUAAAUCAUCUGCAAUCGUUGUAUCCGUGUAAUGAGCAUUACGUAACUGAGAACUCUAUUGAGUGCGUGCUUAGAUGUUCUAUCUCACUACAAAGGAUGUGGACUCUUUCUAAACCCAAUAUCGUUUCUAAAAUUUGUAGUGAUUUUUUUGAAUUAUUUAUCUUAAAAGGGCAUAUCAUGCGGGGUAAUUUGCUGAAUAUUUUUAUUGGAUGAACUAUUUAAGGAAAAAGCAUAUCAUAGGUUUAGGUACUCAUACUGGAUUAUUGGUUAAGGGUCCAAAGAGAAUAAAUUAGCUUUUUUUUUUUUCUUUUAUGAGAAUAAUAUUCUCUCCGAAUUUUGUCUUGGAAAAAGGAUUUUUUUUUUUCUGAAAAGAUAAAAAGAAAAAAAAUAGAUGGAAGAAAGGAAUCGCCUAAACAGGAAACCUGCCGGCUAUUCUCCCCUCAAUAAAAUCAUCUGUACAACACCUGGCCAACAUCUGACGGCGAGACAGUUUUCCAUUUUGACAUGACAAAUUCAAGUCAAAAACCCUAGGGAAAGCGGAAAGCCGAAAGCCAAUCAGUUCCACGCUCACCUCUCCUCCCCCUCUUCCCUUCCUGACCCCUGUCCUGACCCCUGACAUCUAUUUAUAUCUUGAGCCUUUACUAAACUUUUACCCUGUUUCAGUUGUCUCUUCUGCUAUUCUCUUCUCUGCAAUUCCAUGGCGGUGCUACCUCCAACCCCUUCUUGCUUAGAGUUGACCAUAUCAGUUUCUGGGGUCACUUCAUCCCCAUCUCAUCCGUCUUCUGGAACAGAGGAAGAAUGGAUGAUGAUGGGAAGCGCAGAGGACGAUGAAAAGAGCGGUGGUGGCCCUCCACUUAAGAAGCUUCGUCUCACAAAGGAACAGUCUCGUCUUCUCGAAGAAAGCUUCGCAGAGAACCACACCCUUAAUCCUAGGCAAAGAGAAGCUUUGGCUUUACGGUUGAAGCUAAAACCAAGACAAGUGGAAGUCUGGUUUCAAAAUCGCAGAGCCAGGACGAAGUUGAAGCAGACGGAAAUAGAGUGCGAGUACCUGAAGAGGUGGUUCGGAUCAUUGACGGAGGAGAACCGGAGGCUACAGAAGGAGGUGGAAGAGCUGCGUGGUAUGAGGGUGGGGCAUCCGACGGUGAUGUCUCGCCGCAGCUGCGAGCCUCAGCCGGCGUCGACGCUGUCGAUGUGUCCGAGAUGCGAGCGUGUGACAAGCAGGAGCGGCGGCCAAGCAAUCGACAAGGGCCCCGCAACCUCCACGGGCAUGUCGACCUUGUCGAGCUUCUACCACCACUCCACACAACCUUCCGCCGCUUGCUAAGAUCUAAAGAUGCUAAGCUCGAAAUCAAUCUUCCAAAAUUAAUCAUUCACUUGAGAAGAAAAAGAAGAAUGCUAGACUAUAGAUAAUACAUAAUAGAAUCGGACUUUUAGACUUGACUUUUUUUUUUUUGGUGGCUAUUGAGGAAUUAUGCUGUGUAUACUUCAUCUCAGUAGGACUUGUAACUGCAGAUGAUCGGACGGCCAUUGUGGGGUUUAUUGUAUAGAAAGUCUUUUGAGUCUUAGGUGCAUGGGCAGUGGCAGUGGGGCCAGGAAUAUUUUCAUGUAAAGGAUCGGAAUUUGUUUUUAUCUUUUGAGCUGACCUUGUUAAA